AUGGUAACAGCCUGCCUUAUUUACUCCUUCGUCGCGGGGCUGCUGAUCCAGGUGGCUGUAGCCAAGCCUUCCGACGGCUCGCUUGUCAAAGGCAUUCUGGAAGGAGCCAUUGGGGACUCCAAGAACAUCUUAAAGACCGUUCUGGCAGACGUUGCCGAAGCCAAGCCCAAGGGAAAUUUCACUUACAACGACAAGGAGUUUCUCCUUAAUGGCAAGCCGUUCCAGAUUAUUGGUGGACAGAUAGAUCCGCAGCGCGUUCCCCGCGCCUACUGGGCGGACCGACUCCAGAAGGCCAAAGGGAUGGGCCUAAACACGAUCUUCUCGUACGUCUUCUGGGAUAUGCUUGAGCCAGUCCAGGGCCACUGGGACUUUACUGGCGCAAAUAACAUUUCGGCGUGGUAUGGGGAGAUCCACAAAGCGGGUCUAAAGGCGGUGCUCCGGCCUGGCCCGUAUGUUUGCGCCGAGCAUGAGUGGGGCGGUUUCCCGGCCUGGCUAAGCCAGGUUCCUGGCAUGCGCGUCCGGGCGAACAACAGGCCAUUUCUGAAUGCCAGCACAAGUUACAUCCAGCGCCUUGCAGAGCAGUUAAAGACUGCGCAAAUCACACAGGGUGGACCGAUCUUAAUGGUCCAAGUUGAGAACGAGUACGGCAGUUAUGAGGGUGACCACAAAUAUACGUCGGCUCUAGCAGACGUGUUUCGCGCAAAUUUCCAAACACGGCUCUUAACCACCGAUGGCGGCGGCAAGACAUGGUUAAACGGGGGACAUGUGCCCGGUGCCCUUGCCGCGACAAACGGCAAUCCCCACAUCGGCCUGGAUGCGAUAAACAACUAUGUAACCGACCCAUCAUGCAAAGGCCCUUUCCUGACUGGUGAGCACUACACCACGUGGUUCGACGGCUGGGGCGGCGGGCAUCAUCCCUGGGACGGCAACGACCCGAAUACCUUAACUGACACCCUCGAGCAAACGAAAUGGAUGCUGUCCAACAACUACUCUUUCAGUUUCUACAUGUUCCACGGCGGCACAAACUGGGGAUACCAAAGCGCCGCCAAGGUUACAACUAGUUACGACUACGGGGCGCCACUUGAUGAGGCAGGGCGACCGAAUGGGUUGUAUACGAAGUUGCGCGACCUGAUCGCCGAGUACGUUCCAGCAGGAUCCAUCACGGACAUUCCCUCAUCCCCCCCCUUAAUGAAAGUUUCUGACUUCACACUUACUCCUGUGAUGGGACUUUUUGAUCAUCUCAUCAACCCUACCAUCUCUAGCUCGCCAAUGACGAUGGAUGCCGUUGGCCAGCAAUCCGGAUACAUACUGUAUGAGUACAAAUCGUCGGCAAAGUUCUCUGGCAUAGUACGGCCAGGGGACCGGCCGCGGGACAGAGUUGUCGUCUACGUGAACGGCGUCAAGAAGGGCGUCGGAGCCGAUGUCAGUGUCACGAUUAAACCCGGCGAUGAACUUUGGCUCUUCGUCGAGAACCUUGGCCGCGACAACUAUGAGUCUACAAUGGGACAACCUGGUUCUGUCUUGGUGGACCAGGAAAAAGGCAUUAAAGGGGACGUUACCGUCGGCGGCGUCAAGAUUAACGGCUGGAACACCUACUCGUAUCCGCUAGCUAGCCCGCCGGAGCUGCCUCCUACCACUUCAAAGCGGUCAGUUUCUGAAAGCGACAUGCCGGUGUUCUACCGCGGUUCUUUCAACACCACGAAAUCGGGCCUUGCAGCCGACACAUUCUUAGAGUUAACCAACGGGACCAAAGGCGUGGUAUGGAUUAAUGGCUUUAACCUGGGCCGCUACUGGAAGAUUGGCCCGCAAAAGCAGUUAUUUGUGCCAGGGGCGAUUCUUAACUCAGACAAACCGAACCAGGUGGUUGUGCUUGAGUUGGAACCCGGAAUGAGUAGCAUGGUUGCCAAGGGUGUGUCGUCCCGAACGUGGGGCAAAGUGUGA